AUGGCACCUUUCCGUGGAAGAGGUGGCAGAACUAGCAGAGGUGGAAGAGGCGGCAGAGGCGAAGAGGCAGAGGAAGUGAAGCCGGUGGUCAAGGCAUACAGCCAGCUUUUGCAGUCUUUUCACCAAGAUGCGGAUCCGGGAGAGCGAAAAGCGAAGAGACGCAAGAUCGAAGCCGAGGUACCUGUGGUAGUGGACGAGGAACAAGAGGUGCAGGAUGCUUUGGGAGAAGAAGAAGAAGAGGAAGAUCAAGACGAGGAGGCGGUCGAAAAUGGGACGGAAGAGCUGCACAGUGCCACUGAUCCGUUCGAGAUCCAUUUCGCAAAUCCCGACGACAACGAGUUGUCACAGAAGCUGAAGGCGAUACAAGGCAAUGAUUGGAAAGUCGAGAAAAGCCCAAUUGAAACAUAUGCAAGCAAGUCGACGUCUAUACCGUCGUGCGCGAAACAUGACAUGUCGCAAAAGAAGCGCAUCAAAAAUCUCAGCGACCUGGCUCUCAAAGAGCGUCUUGCGAGGAAUCUCAAGGCUACUGGCGCAACGUUUUUGAGUUCGGAACUCGAGCAAAGCAUCGCGGUACACGUCUUUGACUACCAGGAUGUAUUGCUGGGCGACCGAACAAUAUCCAAUGCGGCCGCACUUCGUUCCAUGGCGAGUGCGCACGCCGUCAAUCACAUUCUCAAAGGACGAGAUAAGUUAGUCAAGAACAACGAGCGCCUCAAUCAUGCCGACGAUGCCACAGAAUUGGAUGUUCGGGAUCAAGGCUACGUGCGGCCAAAAGUUCUCAUCCUGUUGGAGACCCGGCAGAUGGCAGCCAACUACGCUGAGGCGAUCAUUGAAGCUUUCCAACCAGAGCAGCAAGAAAACAAGAAGCGCUUUGUCGAUUCCUUCACAGCACCACUGGAUGACCGAGAAACGAUGCCCGAAGACUACCGUGAGCUUUUCGGGGGCAACAACGAUAACAGCUUCCUUACGGCGCUGAAGUUUACUCGCAAGACUCUCAAGUUCUACUCCGCCUUCUACAACAGCGACGUCAUUCUCGCCUCACCACUUGGGCUCCGCCGCAUCAUCGAGAACGAAGACUCCAAGAAACGGGAUCACGACUUUCUUUCCUCGAUCGAAGUCUGCAUCGUCGACCAAGCGGACGCCAUGCAGAUGCAAGACUGGACUAACGUCGAAGUGGUCUUCAACCAUCUCAACCUCGAACUCAAAGAGACCCACGGUUGCGACUUCAGCCGCGUGCGGAACUGGUACCUCGACGGCAAUGCCAAAUACCUCCGCCAAACCAUCCUCUUCAGCGUCUACCUCACGCCUGAAAUGAACCGCCUCUACAACACCUCCAUGCUCAACAUCGCCGGCAAAGCCAAAAUCACACCCACCUACCCCGGCGACAUCAACGACACCAGCGGCCUAGGAAUCAAACAAACCUUCCUCCGCUUCGACUCCCCCUCCCCACCCUCCGACCCCGACGCCCGCUUCAAAUUCUUCACGACCGCCAUCCUGCCCUCCCUCCUCUGCCUCCCCAAGUCCGCCGACAACGCACAGGGGAUCUUGAUAUUCAUCCCGAGCUACUUCGACUUCCUCCGUCUCCGAAACUUCUUCGCCACCUCGACCCAAACCCAAGACAUCUCCUUCGGCGCCAUCCACGACUACAGCGACGUCUCCUCGCAACGCCGCGCGCGAUCGCAUUUCGUGUCCGGGAGACAUUCGUUCCUGUUAUACACCCAACGUGCACAUCAUUUCUUCCGGCUGAAGUUAAAGGGUGUGAAACGGGUGGUUUUGUAUGGUGUGCCGGACAAUCCUGUGUUUUAUCGGGAGUUGGUCGAAGGGUUUCUGGGGACGAGUGUGAAUGAGGGGAAGGUUGAUCCUGUGGAGGCGGGGGUGCGGGCGGUGUUCAGUAGGUGGGAUGGGCUGAGGAUGGAGAGGGUUGUGGGGAGUGCGAGGGUUAAGGGCAUGCUUGGGGGUGUGGGAGAUACAUUUGACUUCGUGUGA